CAUCUUUCUCCCCGACGCAAAAAAGGGCGGGAGGACAAGGGUAUGCAUAAAAGUCCACGGGUCAUUUUUCUAUUGUACCUUCCUCUUGAUUAUUAACUUGUUGUUCCUGGAAUGGCAAAAGACAAUGUUGCGCAAACACCACUCUUGCCAUAUAAAAAUGACCAGGAACGUGACGACAAUGUAUGGACAUCGCGUCUCUCAGACUCCUCGUCCUUCCAUGUCGACGACGACGCCAUUGGCAAUGAGUUACAACAUGAACUUGAAACAAGUCGACUUUACUAUACAUACAGUACAGAAGAGGAGGAAAAAGCGCUCGUACGUCGCCUUGACCGACGACUGCUUGCGUUUGCUAUGCUAGGAAAUUUGAUUAAAACUAUGGAUAAUACAAAUAUUUCUAACGCGUAUAUCAGUGGUAUGGAAGAAGACCUCUCGAUUGAAGGCAAGCAAUACAAUUGGAUGACCGUACUAUAUAUGAUCGGCUAUCUACUGAUGCAGAUCCCAUCCAAUAUGAUGCUAACCCGCUUCCGUCCAUCGAGGUAUCUUCCGUUUCUGGAAAUUAUAUGGUGUAUACUGACACUGAGCAUGGCAUGUGUCCAAUCUGUCACUGCCAUAUACAUUUUACGGCUACUUUUGGGCGCGUUCGAAGCUGGAUUUUUGCCAGGCAUCUAUUUUCUAGUUGGCACAUGGUAUCCUCGCAAAGAGCUGGGGAAGCGGAAUGCUUGGAUCACAAUUUUUGGCUCGCUCGGGAGCGCGCUUUCAGGACUGAUUCAAGCGUUUCUGUUGAAAGUUGCCGAUGGUGUCCUUGGGAUAAGCGCUUGGCGAUGGUUGUUCCUAUUUGACGGAACAAUCACAUUCGCUCUGGCAUAUUUUGGAUACAAGUGCUUGCCGGAUUAUCCAUCCACAACAGCUUGGCUAAGUCCAAAGGAAAGAGAGCUUGCAGCAUUACGGUUAGAUCGUGAAGGCAGGGAGACAAAACAAAGCACUGCAAAACCACGACAAGUUUUACGUAGCUUGCUUCGCAACAAGUAUAUUUAUUUUCUGGUAGUUGGCUGGACCACGUUAUAUCUCGGGAUGGGCGGUGCCCACGUACUUGGUAUUGUCGCAAAACGAGUCGGUUACGACGCAAUAACUGCGAAUCUUUUUACAUCCCCUGAUAUGUUAGUCAGUAUGCUUGUUGGACUUGGGAAUGGCUACCUCAGCGACUAUUUACGGACACGCCUAUGGUGUAUUCUUCCAGCACUUGGUCUUUCUGUGAUAGGUUUCAGUUUGCUGGCGGCUUUUGUUCAGCCAUUUGGCCUGUUUUACGUUGCAUUUAUUGUUAUGCAUGCGGGUCUCGCUGCAGCUGCUCCUGUUGCAAUGACUUGGGCAAGUGAGAUCAUGCAAGAAACGAUAGAGCUUAGAGCCAUGGCAAUUGCGAUCAUGAAUACUUCUUCCUCGUCCAUGUACACUUGGGCACCGCUUGUUUUGUGGCCAGUGACAGGUAAACCACUUUGCUAUCUUUUCUAGAAAUUGUUUCUAAAUUUGUUUCACUAACGUUACUCGCACAAUAUCAUAACAUGCAGAUGCACCGCACUACUGUAAGAAUAUAUGCACACAGCAUGGAUAGUUAGUUGCUCACACGGAAUGCUGGGUAUUGAAGAACAUUGUUGUAUGUAUGUAGCGACCGGGUUCUUUGCAAGCAUCGGCUUUGCAGCCGGGUCGUUGUUGUGUUUUGGCAUCGUUGGUUUCUUACGCAAUCGUAGCAAAAAAAGACAGACGUUUUAUGGCAGCAACGGUGACGACGAUGCACAAUUCCUGCUAUCACCACGGAUACACUCGCCACAACGGGAAAGUGGAGCCGAUGAUGACGACGAUGACGAUUACGAUGAGAUCAUCCAGCUUCAUAGUACCUCUCACUUGAGAGACCAUCCUUCACCGCCUUCCAGAUAACCCACAAUGGAAGCACAUAGAUAGUCCA